UUCUUUUUAUCAAUAACUCACUGUCUCCUCCCCCCACCAAAAACAAUCCAUCUUUUUUUAUUUUCCUGUGCUAUAUGUUUGUAGGCAUUUCUCUACUUGAAUACUUCUUGUUGCUGUUUAUUAUGUUUCGCAAAUGAGGAGUAAAGAUUACAACGAGACACCUUUAUGAGAAUAAAUUAUUUUAGAACUCACUUGAAGUUUAAUUAUCCAGACACUAGGAUCAUUCUUAAAAUAUAUAGGACAUCAGUCUAAUUGUUCAAUAAAAAUGAACAGCACAAAACUGCAUACAUUAGUUAACUCUUCAUCUUUCUCCCAUUAUUAAUUUGGUAUUGUGCUACACAAGUGCAUAAACACUAAACAGCAUAAAAAUAACAAAGCCUGAGAAGUGAAAAAUAUAAAUGAUUCAUUAUUUCUUUCAAAAGAAACAAAAAAUUGUGUUUUGAAACAUAAAACCAUUUACAGGAUUCUGCAUUACAGCCCAUAUAUUAGGGGUUUUAGUGAUAAAAGCUAAGCUUCAAGGAGAGUGGUCAGAGGAUAAAAUUGCUUUCCUCCAAGCAUGCUGAGAUGAAAGGGAAAACCAUGGUGGUUAUAAUGCAAAAAAAUUUCUCAGCAAAUAAAAAAAAUAUAAACUGCCUUAUUGCAACUGUGUGGAAUGAACACAAAUGACACACUCAAUGAUCCAAAAGGAAUUUCUUUGUAUCUUAAUGGAUUGAUAUGGCCUCUAUUAAGAUCUUGUGCUGUAUUUACCAAUAAUAAUUAAUAAGACAGUGUUCUGUUCUAGAUCCUUUUUGGAUACACAAUAUUCUUUUCGUCUUGCCAAAUUGAAGCUAAAGCUGCGAUCCAGCAUCAUGACUUUAAUAUAUGACAAGGUAUGCAGCUUUUCUCAUUCUCAAUAAUUCCAAAAUUAUAGAUUGUAAAAUCAAUUAGAUCCCUUUGCAUGUGUGUGUGUGUGUUUUUCCGAUCCUAAACUCGGAAAAACAAGGAAGGUUAUGACUUUAAUAUAUGACAAGGUAUGCAGCUUUUCUCAUUCUCAAUAAUUCCAAAAUUAUAGAUUGUAAAAUCAAUUAGAUCCCUUUGCAUGUGUGUGUGUGUUUUUCCGAUCCUAAACUCAGAAAAACAAGGAAGGUUGUGUUAGGCCUGCAAUAGCCCAUGUAAAAUUUUGUUACAUCCCUAUGCAUGAUCAUGACACAAUAAUGUCUUUGGAUCCAUUAGGGUUGUGUUAGGUUUGCGAUAGUCAACGUAAAAUUUUGUUGCAUCUCAAUGCAUGACCACGCCGCAAUGACUCGUUAGAUUCAUGUAGCCAGCCCUACCUAGUGGGAAAAGACUUUUUUCAGUUUCAGUUUCUUACACUAAUGUUAUUAUUGGUUUGCACAUUCCAUGAUUUCGCUGAUGAUCAUGAUUUUCUAGUACUAAUAUAUAUAUAUUUCAUGUGUUUCAAGUGUCUACGUGUGAACCUAGCAGAGCGUUCAAAAUUCACAAAUGGAGAAAUUCAGACAUUUAUGUCAGUAGAUGCUGACAGAACUGUCAACCUGUGUAAUAGUUUCCAUGAUACAUGGAGCUUGCCUUUACAAAUUGGAGUGGCACUUUAUCUUUUAUAUACUCAAGUCAAAUUUGCUUUUGUAUCUGGAUUAGCUAUAACCAUUUUACUGAUACCAGUGAAUAAAUGGAUAUCACAAUUAAUUGCAAUUGCCACUGAACAAAUGAUGAAGGAGAAGGAUGAAAGGAUUCGUAGAACAGGAGAACUUUUGACCUAUAUUCGCACUUUGAAGAUGUAUGGAUGGGAACUUAUUUUUUCUAGUUGGUUGAUGGAGACAAGAUCUUUGGAAGUGAAACACCUAGCUACUCGGAAGUACUUGGAUGCAUGGUGUGUAUUCUUUUGGGCUACCACACCAACACUCUUUUCUAUUUUCACAUUUGGACUCUUCACACUGAUGGGAAAUCAACUUGAUGCCGCAAUGGUUUUCACUUGUCUUGCUUUGUUUAACACACUGAUAUCGCCAUUGAAUUCAUUUCCAUGGGUGAUUAAUGGAUUGAUUGAUGCCUUUAUAUCCUCUAGAAGGUUGAGUAGAUUUCUUUCUUGUCCUGAGCAUAGAUCCAAUGUGGGAGACACCGGUUCCAGUUCAUCAUCUUUCUUGAGUAAACAACCUGAUUCUUCACAAAGAUUGGCUAUCAUUGUCCAAGAUGUAUCUUGUACCUGGUCAAGCAGUGAUGAACCACCAUUAAAUAUGGUGUUGAAUCAUGUGACUCUAAGCCUGUCCAAGGGUUCCUUUGUUGCUAUUAUUGGAGAGGUUGGUUCUGGUAAAUCUUCCUUGUUAUAUUCAGUUCUUGGAGAAGCGCAACUUGCUCAUGGAUAUAUUUACUGUGAUGGAUCCGUGGCAUAUGUACCACAGGUCCCCUGGAUUUUAUCUGGUACUGUACGUGACAACAUACUAUUUGGGAAAAGCUAUGAUCCCGUAAGGUAUAGAGAUACACUACAGGCAUGUGCAUUAGAUGUUGAUAUUGAAUUGAUGGUUGGACAUGACAUGGUGUAUAUUGGAGAGAAGGGACUAAAUUUAUCUGGUGGACAGAGAGCUCGACUUGCUUUGGCGAGCAGGGCAGUGUAUGAUGGCUCAGAUGUUAUUAUGCUUGAUGAUGUUCUGAGUGCAGUUGAUGCACAAGUUGCUCACUGGAUUUUACACAAUGCCAUUCUUGGCCCUCUUAUGCAAGGAAAAACUAUAUUGCUCUGUACUCACAAUGUGCAGGCAAUAUCUUUAGCUGACGUGGUUGUUGUAAUGGACAAGGGGCAUGUAAAAUGGUUGGGAAGUUCAGCUGCCUUUCCAAUUUCUUCAUACACAAGAUUCUCCCCAUCGAAUGAUCUUGAUUUAACUUCAAAAAAUCACAGAGAAUCUUGCAGCUCAGAUUCUUCAUCCAAACCUAAGGAGCAAUCUCUUCCUGAAAAAGAAAUUGUGCAUUCUCCGGAGAUAGCAGAGGAGAUAGUUGAAGUUGAGUUAAGGAAAGAGGGAAAAGUUGAAAUUGGAGUGUAUAAGAACUAUGCUGUCUUCAUUGGUCAGUUUGUUACAGUUGCUAUAUGCCUGUCAGCUAUCUUCAUGCAAGCAUCUCGGAAUGGAAAUGAUUUAUGGCUAUCAUAUUGGGUUGAUACAACAGAAACUGGUCAAACAGCGCACUCUGUGUCCUUCUAUCUGGCUAUACUAUGUCUAUUUUGUGCUGUGAAUUCUUUUUUCACAUUGGUGAGGGCAUUCUCUUUUGCGUUUGGUGGAUUACAAGCAGCAAUUAAGGUACACAAUAGACUGCUUAGCAAGCUUAUCAAUGCACCUGUGCGAUUCUUUGAUCAGACCCCGGGUGGAAGAAUACUGAACAGAUUAUCUUCAGAUCUUUAUACAAUUGAUGAUUCUCUUCCAUUCAUUAUGAACAUUCUCCUGGCUAAUUUUAUAGGCCUGUUGGGCAUUGCAAUCAUUUUGUCAUAUGUACAGGUCUUCUUCCUAGUCCUCCUAUUGCCAUUGUGGUAUAUCUACAGUAAACUACAGUUCUUCUACAGAUCCACAUCAAGAGAAUUACGCCGAUUGGACAGUGUUUCUCGUUCUCCAAUAUAUACAUCUUUCUCAGAAACACUUGAUGGAACUUCAACUAUAAGGGCUUUCAAAUCCGAGGACUUUUUCUUUGCCAAAUUUAUUGAACACAUCACAUUGUAUCAAAAGACUUCAUACACAGAGACCGUAGCAAGUUUAUGGCUUUCCUUGCGUCUUCAGUUAUUAGGUGCAUUUAUCAUCUCAUUCAUAGCUUUGAUGGCUGUUGUUGGAUCUCAUAGAAGUCUGCCUAUCAACUUUGGUACCCCAGGGCUGGUAGGAUUGGCCCUCUCAUAUGCAGCUCCUAUCGUAUCCUUGUUGGGGAGUUUUUUAACAAGUUUCACUGAAACAGAAAAGGAGAUGGUUUCAGUUGAAAGAGCACUUCAAUACAUGGACAUUCCUCAAGAAGAACAAGGUGGAUGCUUAAAUGUGAAUCCAGAUUGGCCUAACCUAGGAGUUAUUGAAUUCCAGAAUGUCACUUUGAAAUAUAUGCCAUCUUUGGCACCUGCAAUCUGCAAUCUUAGUUUUACUAUUGCUGGAGGGACACAGGUUGGAAUAAUUGGAAGAACAGGUGCUGGAAAGUCUAGUGUGUUAAAUGCCCUUUUCCGCCUGACCCCAAUAUAUUCAGGCUCCAUUUUAGUUGAUGGCAUGGACAUUAAAAAUGUUCCUGUCAGAGAACUGCGUACACAUUUGGCUAUUGUGCCUCAGAGUCCGUUCUUGUUCAAUGGAUCAUUAAGGGAGAACCUAGAUCCAUUUAAGAUGAGUGACGACUUAAAAAUUUGGGAUGCUUUGGAGAAGUGCCAUGUGAAAGAGGAAGUAGAAGAAGCUGGAGGGCUGGAUAUUCUUGUAAAGGAAGGAGGUAUAUCGUUUUCCGUUGGCCAGAGGCAGCUUCUUUGCCUUGCACGUGCGCUUCUUAAAUCUUCAAAAGUUCUCUGUUUGGAUGAAUGCACUGCCAAUGUGGACAUUCAAACUGCUUCGCUGCUCCACACCACCAUAUCCAGCAAGUGCAAAGGCAUGACAGUGAUCACAAUUGCUCACAGGAUUUCAACUGUCUUAAAUAUGGAUAGCAUUCUAAUUUUAGACCAUGGCAACCUGGCUGAACAAGGAAAUCCAAAGGUUCUUCUGAAUGAUGAGUCCUCAUUAUUUUCCAGUUUUGUUAAAGCUUCAUCAAUGUAACUGACCAUCAAAGGUGGCCACUAACACUAGUUGAUUAGAUCAAACAACUUCAACUAUGGUUUUGACGUUGGUCUCCAGUAUGCGAAUGCGUUGCUGUUGAGGCCAUUAUUUAACAUCACAAAUCAUCAGUAGUGUGUGCUAGAAACUAAUCUCUGCCGUGAUGGUGUUUCGGCUGUUGUCUUUGUUGGUCAAUUUCCUGUUGAACAUCAGAACUGAGGUUGCCUGUAUCUUAAUGAACUCUGAUGCAAGACCAUAGAUCAUUGCUAAUCCUAUGAAAGUUCUGUCUGGAUCAGUUUAAGCUCCAACAGAAAGCAAGAAAAAGAAGCAAAAGGAUGAAGAUACUCAGCUACCAGCUACGCUGCAGUUGAAUCAUAGCUUUGGGUGGGCGCCCCUUAAAAGAUUCUGGUUAGGGGACCUCUCCAAUGGUUAUUGUGUUGCUUAAAUUCUGUAUUAGAACUUUAAAAUGUAAAAACAGUUUUUGACAGUUACAAUAAGAUCAAUACAAGGUGCUCACGUACUCUUGUAAAGUUUUAGCAGUUA